AUGAAACUAGAUCGCAUAUUAAAAGAUUACACUAACAAGCCACCGUCCAUUUGUCAAAUGCUGACGUGUACGACCAAUGUGGAUGAUGAUGCAGAUCAAAAGUGGACAGUACCAAACCGCUACAAACAAGAAAUUCUCGGGAACAAUUGCGCCGAGAAAUUAGUUUUUGAUGUGAACCUUCAUCAUAUAUCAUCCCAAGAUCAAAAUGGAAAUGACCUCGCAAGAGUCGUGAUCACAUCUUAG